UUUAUGUAAACAUCAUUACUUGCUGCUUUAGAAGAGAGAGAAUUUUCCCAGAACUAGUGAAGCAACUGGCUAGAGAGGAGAAGCCAGAAAGUUAUUUAAAAAAAGGGGGUUAAGAGAUAAUAGUGUAUCUCAGAGAAUGGAGAGGUGAUAUCCAGUGGAAUCAAAUAAGCUCUGGCUUCUCUGUCUGUAGAAGUUCCUUCUUGUGAACACUGUCGUCUAAUUUCUUUCAGAUUUCCAGAGACUCCAGAAAGAUGUCUUACCAGCAGCAGCAGUGCAAGCAGCCCUGCCAACCACCUCCUGUGGUGUGCCCACCUAAGUGCCCUGAGCCAUGUCCACCUCCAAAGUGCCCUGAGCCAUGCCCACCUCCAAAGUGCCCUGAGCCAUGCCCACUCCCAAAGUGUCCACCUCAGCCAUGCCAGCAGAAAUGCCCUCCUACACAGAUAUACCAACCCUGUCAGCAGAAGUGUCCUCCUAAGAGCAAGUAACAGCUUCAGGACUCAUCAGGAUCAUGAAAGGAUAAGGACAAUUGGCUCAGACUCCUUCCACAACUCCACCUUCAUCUUCUCUUUCAAGCCAGUCAUGGACACAGCUUCUCUAUCCAUUAGUCCAUGAUCUUCCUGUGAUGAUUCCCAGCAACUGAAGUUGUUUUUUUUUUUCCUGCACUGUUUUACUGCUACUCUCCAGGAGGUAACUGAGAAAGGGCAGUCCUCAGCUCUGCCAGGAUCCCAGCACUUUAAACGAAGAACAAGGGCACA